CGCGAAACUCCGAGCUCGAUGCGCGUUUGAUCUGCGAGUUGCGCUCGGCGCGUGUUUGCCCAUUCGAAAGAAAACCCGUGAAAGUGUGGAAUGAUUUUUCCCCGUGAACGAGGAGGAGUUUUCCGGUCGAUAUGGCCGUUUAGUUUGAGGUGACGUGCGCGGGUAUAUUCUUGCGAGAUUCUCGUUUGUAGGAUUUGAGGAAUUUUUUAUUUGUAUUUUUUUGAAACGUUUGUGAUGGUUUUGUGAUGGUUUUUUUGGUGCAUCGAUAGCCUGAUUGAUGACUGAUUUUUACAUGGUGCUGGAACCUAGUAUGUUUCUGACCAGCGACCUGGACACGUUCCUGUGCAAGCAGGACUGGGAGCGACCGCUGGAAGAAGAAUUAGAAAAACCGUCCCGUCGAGAUUCCGUCCCGCAUAUCGAUGACUUCUUCGUCGAAACCGCCCACCACAACAACAACACCACCGCCAAUACCGCCACCACCCCUCACAAUAACAGGCAUCAAGCCAUGAGCUACGUCUCCAUGAGGUCGUUACCGGGUCCAGAAGAUGACGCUUUCCUGCGGCCCCCGGCGCUUUGGGAGGACAUCGCCAGCAGCAUACAAAACAUCGAUCCCGAAAACGCGAAUAUGCUGGGCGUUAGCCCCGGACAUGUCAAGUUAGAGGCCGUCGAUGAUUUGACCGUUUCCUGCGGAGCGACGGCUCCCAGUCCGCUACUCUCACCUUUAGAAAUCAAAACCGAAAAGGUCCUGCAACAACCCUGUCCGACGUUACACCUCCUGGGCACCCCGACGAGCCCUUACACGCAACCCCAGCAGCAGGCCAGCCCCCAGCACCACCCGCCCCACUACCACCCGCAGCAGGCGAUGCAUCACACCCACAACAACAACAACAACAACAACAACCAAUACAAAUACAACAACGUACCGACGGCGGCGGGGCCGGGGCCGGCGCCGGGCAACGCGCUCUACCCGAUGCCCUCGCGGCUCAUGUACGUGUCGCCGUUGACGCCCCCCAGCUCGGAGCCCGGCUCGCCGGGGGGGGCGUUGCCGCGCAGGACGCCGCCGCCCCCCUAUCCGCAGAAGCAGCCGCCCGCCGUCGCGGCGUCGCCGAUUAGCGGCGUCAAGUACAAUAGGAGGAACAAUCCGGAGUUGGAGAAACGAAGGAUACACCAUUGUGAUUUUAUAGGUUGUACGAAAGUAUAUACAAAAAGCUCACACCUCAAAGCACAUCAAAGAAUACAUACAGGUGAAAAGCCAUACCAGUGCCAGUGGCCGGAAUGCGAAUGGCGAUUCGCGCGUUCCGACGAACUGACCCGCCAUUACCGGAAACACACCGGAGCCAAGCCGUUCAAAUGCGGCGUUUGCGAGCGGUCCUUCGCCAGAUCCGAUCACUUGGCGUUGCACAUGAAGCGCCAUCUACCGAAAACGGCCAAGUAAAGCGAUUCAACUUCCUGCGAUUUAAUGGUUAUUUUAUUUUCUGUUCGGUUUUUUUUUGUUCUUCGUAUCGUUACAUCACACUAGCACAUUCCUUAAUUUAUGGUACUGUUCGCGUUCGAGAAAGUAUAAGGAUGGUUCUGAAGAUAAUGUCGCUUACUAUUCGAUGGUAAUAGCUGGAGACGUGAUGUGCGCAAUUUACUCUUAUAUUUGCAGAUUAAUCACUUUUUUUCAAUCGAAAUUCCUCUUAUCUUAUUCUUCGUGGUACUUAUUACAAAUCGCACAAAUAUCUUCAGAAACUUAUUCGUAUUUUCCGAAAAAAGAUCUCAAUGUUUUCGAAACAUUCGUCUGUUACGUAGAGAAUAUUUUACCUCAUGUCAUUAUCGCCAUUUAUGCCUUUUUGAACAACCUGUGGCCUUUUUACAGUGUACUUAUAAAUAGUAAUAAAGAGUAUUUAUAUUUUUACAAGGGGAACUGCCGGGAGAGUUCGAUUAGUGGAAACGGAUCAUUGCCCGAUAUGAUGCUCAAUAAAUUUUAUCGUUUAAGUAAAUCGAAACGUUUGCGCCUCGUACCUCAUAUUAUGUGAAUGAUUUUAUUUUUAUGCAUUAAAUGUUGUUGUUGCAAUUUUAUUUAUUUAUCGGAUGAUUUCAGGAAUUGAUUGGGUGUGGGUUUGAUUGGAAUUUUUCGGCAGUUCUCGUUUUGAAACCAUUUUGUGAUUUUCUUCAAGAUAUUCCGCCCUGUUUACAGUGUGAUAUUUCAUUCUAGCAGCUUUAAAGAUUGUACGCGAAUAUCAAACUGUGAAUGGUACAAGAUUUUUUUUUAUUUAAAAUUCUAGAUAAAAGAGAGAAUUCGAUCAACUUUUUGGUUGACAAGUAUUUUGUUAUAGGUACGUUUUUCGUUGGUAAAAAUGUGCUUGUUGUAAUUAUAUUGUUUAAUCGUACUUUGUACAUUUUUCGCUGUAUGUAUUAUUUUAUUAUUGCCAUCGGUUUUUACCUACAUAUGUGAUUUUUUAGAUUAUAUUUGACAAUUUUUGUUUAGAGUAUUGGCAAAGUUUUCCAUUUUUUUGUCUGUUUAAAAUAUCAAAUUUAUGUCGGAGAAUCCUUCUUUACUAUAUUGAAACAAAUUAAUUUACUUAGGUACAGUUCAAAACGCUUCAAAAUUUGGACUGCACCUUCUCUAGCUAUCUUUAAUGUCAGUAAUGCUCUUUUGGAAAAUACGUAAUGCAAUUUGAGUUUCCUACGUAGCUUUAUACUUUGAAAAAUAUACAUCAGGUGCUUAAAAUUAUUAUCCUAGAUAAAAUACCUUAUUCAUUUUCCUUUCAUAUUUUCUCUUCCCUUUUUUAUAAUGAAGUAAAAUUAACAGUUUCUGCUUCAAGAGUAGACAUUUCCUUAUUAUAUAAAGUGUUGUGAAUCCCCCAAAAUGAUUAAUAAAUUCUGAAAUGAGUACCAAAUUUGCAUUACUUGACAUGAUUUCUUCGUUUCUACUCUACUCUUUCUGCCAGUUUUUCAGUGUACAAGCCUAUACCAAUUAAUUCUUGUGCUCAUAUACAAUGUUCAGUAUAUGAAAGUUACCAAAUAUGUACACUAAACUUAUCGUUUUUUUUGUAAAUAAGAGCAAAACUGACUAGGUCCUAGUCGAGUAAUUCCGAUAUUUGUAAUUACAUGUAAGAUUAAAACUGCUAUGCAUAUCUAGUUGUAUUUAUAUUCUUUAUAAUAAGUAUUAUAUUAUAUAGAAAGCGGACACAAAAAACAUCUAUUAACAUUAAUUUGAUUUUUAUUUUUUAUUGAAAUGAAUAUAGAGCAAGCUAGAGUACACAUAAAUGUAGUUAAAACUUGUUUUUAUUUUUUAAUUUUUUUGUAUAAUUUUCCUUUUUAAUAAAAUUCUAUUUUUACCAAGUUAUUAAUUCCUCUAAUGCAUUUAAUUUCCCGAGAUACUACACUA